AUGGGAGUGCUCAUGUCAAAGAAGCAGCAGGUGCAGAAGGUGCAGAAAUGCAACGCGGUGGUCUCCGCCUUCCAGGCGGGCAUCAAAGACCGGCCCGUCGCCGUCAAACCAGAGGGGGAGGAGGAGGAGGAAGGUGAAGGGGGCGCCAAGACCUCAGCCUGUCCUGAGGAGAAAAAGAGCGAGGGGGUGGAAGAGGAGGAGCCGGACAAUAACGUGGCUCCGUCGACCUCCCAGCAGGCCUCAGCUCCGGUCAGAGACGAAUGCAAAGUCAACCAGGAGGCCUGGUCCAGGUUACGGGAUGGGAAAGGGGUGGAACCCGAGGAUCUUGACAAGAGCCAUCAGCUCACUCCUCCAGCAUUCGUGCGACCCAAACGGGAGGCCGAUGACGCCAAGCCUGUAGAGGUGGAGCUGGAGAAGAAAGAGCAGCCUUCGAGCGAUGAGAUGUGUGACGUGUGUGAGGUGUGGACAGCUGAUGACUUGUACCCCUGCAGGAUCUGCACACGCGUGUUCCACGAUGGCUGCCUCAGGGAGUUGGGGUACCUGCGUGCUGAGGCCUUACAGGAGAUGAGAGAUACAGCCCACACUGUCACUGGCUGGAGCUGCUACUAUUGUGACAAUCUGAAUCUACUUCUUACUGAAGAGGAGAUGUACAGUCUCAUGGAGACAUUCAAGCAAUGCAAGAUCAUCCCAGAGUCGUGCCUGGUGUCAGACGAGCUGCUGCAGUACCGCCACUAUGCAUCCAAGCAGCAGUUUGAGAAGGACCUGACCGAUGAGCAGGAGGAGGAAGUACUGGCCCAGUUUGCUGCUCUGGAUCCGGAAAAGAAAGGCCACAUCGAGUGGUCAGACUUUCUCUACUUUGAGUCGCUGACCGUUUUGAGGAAGUUCCGCACCGAGAACUCCCUGGUCCGUCUGUUGACUGGAAAGGAAAGAGACAAGGCAAGGUCAGUGUUCCUGGAUUUGGAGAAAGACGGUGUGAUCACGAGAGCAGAAUGUCGCCAGGCCCAGCAGUCCUGGUUCCACAAGCUCAAAGACUCUCAAUCCUGCAACGUGAGUAUAAGUCACGUGGGCCCCAUAUGUGAGAGCAGUCCCGCCAGCUCCGGGAGCGAACAGAGCAAGACGGAUGAGAGCAGGCCAGUAACCUGGGCAGACUUUCUAAGAGAGAGCGCCAUCUACAUGUUAGCCGCACGUCCCAAUAGCUCCGCCAUGCACAUCCGGCUGCCUCUAUAG